CUUUUGACGACCCUCCACAGAUACAACUCAUCUCACCUCAUCUCAACGACACGACACGACACGACACGAAUAACGAAUACGACGGCAAUGAUUCUCACUACCCGCGCGUCUUUUCUCUUGGCGGCCUUGGCCUACACCUCGACCUGCCUCGCAGAUGUCUGGAGCACCGACCCAACUGCUACUACCCACUGGAAGAUCGGGAGUUCUGCGGAGAUUCAUUGGAGGCUGAGCGCCCCAACAUCCAAGCAGGAUGUUGUCACUAUUUUCCUUGUUGGCGGAGACCCAGCGGCCUAUAAGCGUCUCGGGACACUCGGCAAGGAUGUCGUCCUCGGCGACCACAAGCUGACUGUUUCCAAAGUCCCGAAUGUCAGCUGCGGAUCCUCUUGCGCGCUCGAGUUCUGGAUCGCUGAUGGACCAGGCAGAGGCGAUUAUUACACUCACACUUUCACAAUCUCGACCGAGGGCGUUGCUGCUGCCAAUGGCACCGCAGCUGCUAUUGCCAUAGUCCCUACAGGAUCGACUUCCCAGGACGCGGCUACACCUAGUGGCCCUAUCACCUUGGUUCAGAACACCGCUAAGGGUGCCCAGCUCCAGGCUGCAGGAGCCAGUACUAUCUUUAGUCAGGGAGCCUUAGCACUUGCACUGACAGCUGCGACCAACGCUGUCGCCCUGUCGUCCUUGUUCUAAAAGCGGCCUGGAGCUGCUUUUUUUCGACAGCAUAUUGAUGAAUAGCCAGACGCACAGCUGUAGCCAGCACCAUAGUUAUACCAAGAGGCCACAUCCUCCCUGCACACAAACACGCACAUAUACAUGACAGUUUUUUUUCUUUCCUCUCGCU